AUGGCGACGCUGGACAGCAACUUCAUGACGCUGCAGUCGUGCCUACAAGAAGUGAUCAAGGCUGCCGGUGACAACAACUACAGGAUCCCACACAUGGGAAAGAAGAAGUUGGCCUUAGCCGGAAAGCUGCCCGAGACUGUUGCAUGCGAUCCUACUGUGUUCAAUGACGGCUGCACCAGACUUGGUGAAGAAGACAUCGACAAGAGACUCCAAGACCUAUCUCAAGAAAUUGCGGAGGCCUUGGAAAUGGCGGAAAUUAGCAACCUGCUUGAGGACAUGGGAUUGUGA